AAUAAUAAUAAUAAUAAUAAUAAUAAUAAUAAUGGAAUAACAAAGAUUUGUUUCACUUUUCUGGCCACAUAUUUGAAAACCAGAUUAAAAUAUACCAUUUGAUUCAAUUUGAAUCAACCAGAGAAACCCAGAUAAAAAAAAUAAACCUUAAUUAAAAAAAAAAAAGAAAAGAAAGAAAAACCCGGAAGAACUGAAACAGCAAAAUUACCAAUUUCGCCAGCAGAGUGACUCCUCUUGUUGAAUGAACGAUCUCCGAAGGGGACCGGAAACAUCCGCUCCUCUACUUCCUGGUUCCCCGGUCCGCCCACAGUCAGCUGUUCCUCCUGUUUGCCAGCAUCCGCCGGUCCUCCGCGGUCCCGCAGCUCCGUCCAGGAUGGGUGAGAACGACGACAGCGACAUUAUCGAGCACCACGUCGAGGAGGAGAUGGAGAAGAAAGCAGCCCGGAUCCGCGGCUUGUCCUCCCCGCUGCUGGACAGCCUGAGUCCGUCCGAGAGAGAGGGCCACAGCAGCACGCAGUCCUCCCACAGACUUCUGGCCUACAGCGAUGCCCUCAUCUCCAUCAUCGCCACAGUCAUGAUAUUGCCAGUCGCUCACACCAAAGUGGAAGAUAACGAGGAGUUGAGGGAGAGCGUUCAGCUGCUGCUAGCGACGAAGAUCGCCGUUUACCUGAUGACCUUCCUGAUCGUGACGGUUGCCUGGGCCGCUCAUAUCAGGUUAUUCCAGGUCAUUGUUCACAUUGACGAUUGCCUCGCUCUGCUUAACCUUGCCUGCAUGAUGCUGAUAACCUUCCUGCCGUACACUUUUUCUUUAAUGGCGACCUUUCCUGAGAACGUCCUGGGGAUUUUACUCUUCUGUGGUUGUGUGAUGGUGAUCGGGAUGAUCCAGUCGGUGAUUGUGCUGUACGCCUUCAGCCGGCCCUUCCUGCUGAACGACCAGAUCCAGAUCUCAGAGAACCUGACCUACUAUAAACAUCACAUCCUCAAGGUCAUCAUGAGGAUUCCCAUCAUGUGCUUUUUCGCCAGCAUCUUCUCCUUCAUCUUCUUCCAGCUGUCUUAUGUUCUCCUCGCCAUCAUCAUCUUCCUGCCUUACAUCUCCCAGAGCCUGAAAUGGUGCCGCAGCAAAGCGAUCGGUCAGGUGGAGGAAACGCCGGACUCCAUGUUGUUUUACACGUACCUUCCCAACGAGCCGCUCAGCAAGGAGCGAGUCGAGGCUUUCAGCGACGGCGUUUACGCCAUCGUAGCAACGCUUCUCAUCUUAGACAUAUGUGAGGACAACGUUCCGGACCCAGCGGUGGUGCAGAAGCAGUUUGGCGGGAGCCUGAUCGCCGCCCUGCAGGCCUACGGCCCGGAGUUUCUCGCCUACUUUGGCUCCUUUGCCACCGUCGGCCUCCUCUGGUUCGUCCACCAUUCCCUCUUCCUCCACGUCACCAAGGCCACGCGCUUCAUGGGCCUGCUGAACACUUUCUCUCUGGCGUUUGUUGGCGGUUUGCCGUUAGCCUACCAGCUGACGCACGAGUUCCCGCGCAACUCCCAGAACGAACUGGAAGCCAUUCAGAUCAGCUGUGUGAUCGUUUUCUUCGCCGGGAUAUUCCAACUCUCCAUCUGGGUGGUGGCGCUCUACAACGAGCAGGAAACCUUGCACCCCUACGUCUGGUACGGCGGACGGGAGCACGUGUUCAUGCUCGCUAAGCUAGCUCUGUACCCCUGUGUCGCUUUGGGGACGUUUUUCCUGUCCUGCAUCCUGAGUAAAUUCAGCACCUCCAUCUUCCACCUGAUGGAGAUCACGGUGCCUUUCGCCUUUCUUGUGCUGAGGCUCCUGGUGCGCGUUGGGCUGGCGCUGCUCCGCUUCAUUUUCUAUCCCAACCGGUCUGACCUGACGACCGUUGUGGACAAUGAAGCGGACGAAACUAGAGUGCCGUUCAAUGCUGUAGUUACCUAGAAGUUCCCCUAUUGGGUCUGAGGAGUAUUGCUGCUAAAAGGUUUGGCCACUGAAAGAAACCCUGGUGGGUUUAAAUCCAUAACAAAGUGGACAGAACCUUCCUUCUUUUCUAUUAGCUGUUUGUUCAUAUCUGGAGCAUAAAUGGGAUUGAACGAUGAAGGCGAAAUCUGGAUCCUAGAUGUAAAGAUAGAAAUGGCACUAAUGGAGUUAGCCAAGGUUCAUAAAUUCAUUCAUUCAUUUUUCUUUUCAGUUACCAGCUGUGUGACUAGCGGUCGAUUUAACCAGAGGUGGGUAGUGUACCCAAAAAUCUUACUCAACUUAGAGUAGCAUCACUGUAACAUAUUUUUACUGAAGUAAAAAAAUAGCCGACCAAGAAAUUACUUAAGUAACAGUAAAAAGUACAGGAUAGUAAAAGUACUCCUGGAAGUACUCAAGUGAAUGUAGCCGGGUAAAUGUAAGCAUUUACUACCCAUCUCUGGUUUUAUUGAAUCCAAAUUGAUUCUGUUAGCAUGUUUAUAUUUCAAUCAGGAUCUGAAGGUUUGAUUGGAAAUCUGUUUUCUGAGCCAAAUUAUUUCUUAUAGGAUCAGUUCAGAUAAUCAGUGGUGAGAGGUUAUGAGACAGAAACCUACCUUUCCUUGGUAUUUGGCAGAAUUGUAUUUUAUGUGGUAUAAUUUGGUUCUCCUUUAACCAGACCUGCAGAAACUGAGUCAUGAUGGCCUUUUUUUUUAUUUAUUUUUUAUUUUGCAUAGUGCAGACUCUUGUUUCCUUCCUGAUCCAGUUUGUUUCUGCAUAGGCUCGCUGAAGCUGGUUACCUUUUCUGCUAAAUGUUUUUCUCGUUCUGCUCCAGAGUGACACUGAAUUUGGUCACUGCGGCUGCUGAUCUCUGCCAUUUUUCAGAUUUGAGAUUUUUUGGAGGCCUGAAGCAAACGACGGAAUCUCCUUAGGAAAUUAGCGGCACUUUGACCAGGAAGUUGGAAGGUCAGUCUUGGUUACGUCAACAGCAGGGGCGGCGUCAGAGUCUGUAGUGGCGAAAGAAGAUGAACCAAAGAGAAACUUUGGAAAUGUCUGGUUCAUGAAAACAGUUUUGCACAAUGACAUUAUAAGACAGGCAUACAGUUGAUUAUUUUCUUUUUUUUGCGUUUGUAGAAACAUCAUUAUAAAUGUAUGAUCUGUUUUUUUUGUACGUCUUUUUCUUUAAUAAGAGUUUAGUUAUCUGUAAAACAUGUUUCUCUCCAUCAACCUCCGAUGGUUGCAAUGAGGUCAGGGGCCGCACAGAAUCCUUCAAAGGGCCACAAAAGGCCCCCGCGCCACCCUUUGGACACCUCUAGGGCAAAUCUAUUGUUCUUUUGGUUUAAAUGAAGAUGUCAAGAUUUAAGGAAGAUACUAACUGCUCAUAAAUGCUCCACAGAACCGAACUGGAAGCUUUAAAACCUGCACUGAAAAAGUAGAGCCAUAAAACUCAUCACUGCACUGUUUUAUAUUGAUUUCGUACAAAUUCAACGACUUAUCGAUCACUUAAAUUAACAUUUAAUCAAAAACUAAACAUCAAAUGUUUCAGAGAGAAAACAGAGUUUUUACUGUGUUGCAUCAACACUGGAACUGGAAACGGUUCCCUCCUUUUUCCGCCAGCUCAUUUUGCGUUUUUAUUUUCUUCUAUUAUUUUUCAAAUCAAUGAUGGUUUGGAUUUGAUAUCAAAACAACUUAAAGAGGGAUCCUGUACAUUUGACCAGCAGGGGUCACUGUUAUCUUAAAUAAAUGCUUAAAAACUGACAUUAUCAUAAACGUUUUAAUACAAAGUGGAUUUAAAACCAACAUGCACUUUAAUUAAAACCUAUAAUAUCUAUUUUUCUUUGCAUUUUGACUUUAUUUUGUAUUUGUUUGCAACCUGCACUGUUUUCCAUUCGGAUCCAGGUCAUGUUGAGACAGGACCUUUUCUUUAUUUCAGUGAAGAACCGAAAAGCCAUUAAAUGUUUGGUUGCGAAACGACGUCCAGUUCCUAAAUAUGAAUCUUUGUGGCACAUCAUGCAGAUCAAUAAAAAUGAACUGUCAAGCUUUA